CCCUUCCGCAGUGGAGCGCGACACAAGCGACCGACAUCGGUUAUGGAGUUAUGGAGGCCGAGGAACCGUGUACCGAUAGCGAGCCGAGCUGCGCCUCCGCGAUCUUCGCGUGUCUCGCGCUCUCGAUCGCGUACGUGGCGAGCCUGUAUGUCUGGAGUUCGCCGCACAACAGAGAGCAUCCGUCGACUAUAAAGAAACGAUUCUUUAGCGUAUUCGUCGUAACUCUCGUCUCGCCAGCGCCCAUGUACUUUGGACUAAACGAGAAUGUAUUUCAAAAGGCGACCAUCUGGGAGAUGCUAGGCCUUCGAUGCACGGGCCUGAUACAGGCGACUGUGGUAUCAUUGCUCCUAACGAUGACCCUAUUCCUAGGUCCCUUGAGCUUGCAGGGAUUCAAGUGGCGACUGUACACCGGUUGGUAUCCGAAAGCGAGCCGAGGGUCCGAAAGCCCAACAGUUAACAGACGUACAUCUGCCUUGGAAUCCAUGUACUGGCUGGGAAACGUACGAACUCUGAUUUGGUGGAGAAAUCAGGUGGUCGCUCCGUUGUCCGAGGAGUGGACCUUCAGGGCUUGCAUGUUGCCGUUGCUGCUGCAAUGCUUCACACCGACCACUGCCAUAUUCGUGUGCCCCCUGUUCUUCGGGGUAGCUCACUUCCAUCACGUGGUGGAGAGGGUGAAGAUAGGCAUGAGCAUCAAGCACGCGUUGUUCACAUCCUGUUUUCAGUCCGCAUACACCACGCUAUUUGGAGCAUACGCGGCCUUUCUCUUCGCGAGGACAGGACACCUUGUCGCUCCAUUUGCCGCGCAUUCAUUCUGCAAUCACAUGGGAUUUCCUGAUCUCUCUGAGAUAGCGGCUUACAAGAACCCGCUGAAAAGAGCCGGAUUUAUGUGUCUGUUUGUAAUCGGCUUGGUCGCCUGGUGCUUCUUGUUGAUGCCGAUGACUCAUCCAUCGUUGUUCAAUAAUAAUUUAUUCUGGACUAAACACUUUAUAUGAGAAACACGCCCAAUCUCUAACAAAUAUUCCAAUAACAAAUGCUAGGGUUAAAAUGUUUAUACGCAGAAUUUAUCACGACUGUUCCACCGAUCUUCCGGUUUACAUAAUUGUGUACAAUAUCUGUCGAAGAAUAUCGCGGGAAUUAAAAUUAUUUCAGACUAAUUCCAAUUGUAUAUUCGAUAACGGUGUACUUAUAAUUUAACUGAUCGUGCGGUUCGACAUUGUUACAAAGUAUAUCACCAUAGUGCCUGAAAGUUAGACUUUUUUAAUGGUGAUGACAAAUGUCACAACAACUAUUAAGAUACAUGGCAUUGCAAAAGCAAAAUGCGGAGAAUCUAGCCAAUUAUUAUUUACGAAAUGCCGCGUACAUUUAUAUUAUUACGUUGUUUCACGGUCACGAUCUGUUAAACGUUAUCGAUUUUUUCAGAUAGAGAUUUUUGGAAACAAAAAUUGUAAUAUAGAUUAUUAUCGUUAAUACAAUCUAUUGAGAAAAUUUCUAAAACGAUCUUUCUAAUCGUCUACUUUUAUAACUGUCUAUAUGUAUAGUGUAUAUACGAUAUCCAUAUGUACAAUGGCAGUGGUAAAUAUUCACACGACAAGAGAUACCGCCAUACACAUAUACCAAUAGUUUAUUUAAAUCACAGAAGUAACGCGGUGGGGCGCAACAAUAUUACUAUAACAUUUAUAUAUGUACAUCGACGAACGCAUAUACAUUAUAUGUGCAGUAAAGCUACAAGUAUUUAUGUAUAUAAUGAGAGUCUAAUUCAGUUUUCGAGAUUAUGUGUAAUCUUUUAUCGCAUAUGUAAUGUAUACCAUUCUUUAAUCGAGAGAUAGAUAGUAAAAUUAACUUCUUAAAUGAUAUUCAGAGCAUCAAAUGUUGACAAAGAUACAAUGUUGAAAUAAUAAAGAUGUUUUACAGUCGAA